AGAGCUUGAACUUAAGAUACAGGAAGUGGUUUGUGAAGGGAAACAGCUUGGAGGAGCACACAGAGAGAGAGAAUGCAUGGCAUUCUGAGAAGACUUGAUCAUGGUCCAUACGCGAGGCUGCUUCUCUGCCGUUCUAAUCAUUGACGUUCUGCUGAAUGGUGUCAGAGGAGAGGAUAUGAGUGAGGAAGGAACAGACUUCAGGUUCGUUCUGCUUGGGGUAGGGAUCGGGGUGCUCCUGGCUCUAUGCCUCCUGGUCGUCAAGCUGUACACGAUGGGGAAGUGCAAAUGCACAUGCACCGAGGCACACAUGCACAGCGGGGGCUACAAACUGCCCUCAUUCACAACACCUCAGUCAUCCACAAGACCAAGCCUCGAAGGGGGGCUGUGUACACAACACAGCACCAUUCACAUCUAGAGGAGACGGGAAACCCGGCAGACGUGCACUUAGAUCAGCAGUGUUUACUUCACAAGUAUAACACGGCUAAGGAACAUCGACUGUGGUCUUUCAUCAGCAUGCAUGGAUUGAUGUCAAUGAGUCUGUCAAUUAAAUGAAAGCAGUGAGAUGAAGCGUCCAACCAUUGCAGUUUAUAUUCCAUUUCCUUAUGUUGUGUCCUAAAUGACUGCUUUCAAGGUAGGCCUUGGUAACAGACUACUCAUGUUGUCUUACCCGUGGAUGUAUUACAAAAAAACGUUUAACUUGGGGUCACCAUUUGUAUAUUUAGCUGGGGGGGGGCAUUUCAUUUGUGUUUUUUAAUUUUUAAGUGUUUCAGACAUUAUACUUACAAUGUUUAUGCAUCAUCAAAGUGGGCUACUCUGGUGGGAACAAUGUUUGAAGAAGUGACAAAGUUGAUACAAUUAUUAUCUCAGGAAAUAUAUUCAAAUGUACUGCAUACCGGUUUUCAUGGUUAUCACGUGACAAACAUCUGGAGCCGAUUGGUCUUGCCUUUUUGCCUAUGUAUGCAGUAAUGUGGCACCCGAAUCCACACUCCCACAUCCUUCAUGAGCUAUAGGAGCCCAGGCCUGACUGCUACCAGCCCAAACCCAUAGGUCUUAUUACCCUAAAAUGUGAGCAGCUUGGACUAGAAUGAACCAAUCAAGAACACACAAAUCAAAGGCUCCAUACAAUAUACCAAACAACAUUUGCAUAUAUUGCAAAUAUAUGCAAUAUAUUUGUCCCAAAACCCACAAUAUAACUCAUUGUUUAAAAGACACGAUAGCUGUACUCCAUUUUAAAAGUUUGUUGUUUUCAUUGCCAUGUACAUUCUUGCUGCGUUGGUGUUCCAAGUUCCGCAAGUAUAACGGCAGUCGACUAGGUUUGGUGUUCCAACAAAGUCUUGAAUAAUUAUUGGUUUGGUUUCCCUUUGCAACCAGACUGCUUCGUCACCAGUGUGAUAAAAUGUUUGCCAUGAAGAUUCUCUUUGGUUGAAACACCAGUAUCACGGAGGAUGAAGUAUCUCACCGUAUUCUAGAAUCUGCGUUAAGUUAAGUAGUUCCAUCUUGAAGACAUGAUAAUGCCUUUCCUGUUGAACUGUAUCGAAGCUUCUCCUUCAUAUUCAUUAUGUGUGAAAAUAAAUACGGCUUCUGUCUCAAGGGAGCCCGUUUAACUGCCAGACCAGUGUCCCAGACACACACAGCUCUAAGUCUUGCUGGGCAGAGAUUCACUGUUGGGUCUGGUUUCAGACAGAAACUGAUGAAAAACAGACAUACACACAAACACACACACACACACACGCACACACACACUCACAGACAAACACUGAAUCUGUCAUUUACUGCCUCACAAACAAUAUAAGAAAAUCACACACACACACACACACACACACACCCACGCACACACUAACGCAGGCAGCCCCCCAGCCUUACCCAGUGUGUGUCUACUCUGGGCAGCAAAUAAAGGCCUGAUGGGAGGGGGGUCUGUUUGCUUGCCAUCCCCCACAGCUGGAAGUGUGAUUUGCCUGGCGUCAAUCUCUCAGACAAACUUCCUGUUUCCUACCCCCUCGCACUUACCAUUAUUCCCUCUCUCCGCCCCUAGUCCUUUCUCCCACUCUCUUCCUCGAUCUCACUAUCCCCCUAUUAAUCAUCAUUUCCCCUCUCAUCGUUUCAUCUUCCUUUGUCUCUCUCAGCCUCUCUCUCUCCCUUACUCUCACCCAUUCCAUCUCUCACUCUGUCUCCUCUAAGCGGAAAAAAACAUUUCCCACCCAUUUGCCAAAAGUCAAAGCAGUAAAUGCACAUGUGUGUGUGAGUGAAUGUCAAUGUGUGUAUCCUUGACUGUGUUCAGAAAUCUGUCUCUGUGUGUGUGUGUGUGUGUGUGUGUGUGUGUGUGUGUGUGUGUGUUGUGUGUGUGUGUGUGUGUGCCUCCACGUGUGUGUGUUUGCACCUCUUGCACACGUCUCGUGGCAAUGUAUGUUUUCACUAAGAGUGCCACGAAGGAGGAGUCGGGGACGGGGAGGUGCACGUCCCAGGGCUAGCUGUGGACCCGCCCCUCGGUGUCAGAUUACACCCGGCUGUCAGCAGAGGGCCAGGAGCGGAGGAGCCGUGGAGGAACCUCCAGACUGCUUCUCCUCCUCUCAGUGGAUCAAUCUCGCUGGAUGUUUAUGGAGGCUUCAGCCGUGGAAAAUGAAGAUCUCCCCAGUGGUCUUUGCUCUCCUGAUUAGGGGGUUCUUCCUGGGAGAUGUUUGCCACUCCAUCAACGUCACCGUCACGCCCGCCCCCUUCACCGUGGCCCAGGAGGGCGAGAACGUGACGCUGUCCUGCGUCGUGUCCCAGCGGCGCCGAAACACCGCCCUGCCCGUGGUCAAAUGGACCUUCCUGCCCGCCGCCGCCGAGCGACCGGAAGACGAGGUCCUCGUCGCCCGCGUCAACAUGAGGAAGGCGCGUUUCUACGGCAACUACACAAAGAGCUUCCCCUGGCCCAAGCUGAAGCUGACGGUGGUGAAGCAGGGCAAGAUCUUCGACCUGCUGGUGCUGAACGUUUCCGAAAGGGACCGGGGGCUCUACAUGUGCCGGGUGCAGGAGUUUAGGAAGCACCAGGAGCGCUGGAAGGCCUUCAGCAACAGCACCGCAGCCACUGAGCUGAGAGUGCACGUAGUCCCACCCACCAAGCCCAAAGAGAGCCUCCUGAGCUUGUUUCAAGAUGUGUACCUCUGCGCCGUGCUGAUCUGCUCGGUGGGCCUGCUGUGCAUGUGUUUGUUCACCGUGACGGUGACCUGCCAGUACAUACACAGGAAGCAGAGGUUAAAAGAUAAUUACCUACUGGUCAAAAGCCCACAGUACAGCUCAGGAGAGACGGUCACCAGUGUGAUUAGUGGGUCUCCAGCUCUCCCCAAGAAACAGAGGAGAUACAGAAAGAAGAGGAGCAGAGGCCCACAAGAGGACAUACCCCCGGAAAUACCUGCUAAGGCUCCAAUCAGAGAUAAAGUGCGGAUAACCAAACUUCUAAAGCCGCAACCCAGGAAACUGGUUCUGCCGAAGAUACUGGAGGAGAGUCUGACGUAUGCAGAGCUGGAGCUGGUGAAGCCCAUACCUGAGACCAAGUCCUCCAGCACGGGCACCGUGUACGCCCAGAUAAUGUUCACAGAGAGGAGACUUUGAAGGGACAUUGUCGCGCCACUUAAUACCUGUGUUUUUAUCUCAAAUAUAUAAAAGACUGUCUAUUUAUAGUGUGCAUCAUUGUUUGUAGAUGCAAUUAUAUAUUGAGUAUGUAACAGAAUGAUGUCAUGAUUGUACGUACGUAUUCGGGCCUUUUUGGCAUCCUGGGAUCAGACUUUACGGUUUUGAGUUUUAACUGCUGACUCAUAACUCAUGUUCUAGGCUGAAGCUGUGUAGGGGAGUGGAUCUCAGUCCCGGGACCCCUCGUGUUUAGCUGCAGUUUGGCUGUUUCUUAUCCGUUUCAUCACAUCUCAGCCCAGUAUGUGUUUCAGGCUUGUUUAAAAGGAUCGCAGAUGUGGGAGGCUGACAUUAAAGGCCGUAAUUAGUCUCAACUCCCUCGCGAGAUAUCGCAAACCCUCGAUCUAGGGCUAACAUCAACCGGCUGCUAGUGAGACACACACACACACACAGCAUGUACAUAGCCUCAAUGGGUUUAUAUAUACGUUUCUUUAUGCACACCAGGGUGUGUUGGUGAUUACUUAAGAUAACAAAUGAAAAGACUACAAAGCUGUGUCUUUAGUGGUUGAGUAUAUGGUCACAUUAUUACUGAGGUUUGCACCUUUUAAUUCAAUGGAGACAACGACCUCUGCUAAAAUGCUAGAAUAUGUUCAAAUCAAUCAAUUGCGCAGGAAUUGGGUAGGGAUCUCCCAUUUUUAAAAUUCUUCUUAACGCCUGUCUGAAAAUGUGUAAGUUUCCUAAUGAUCAGGAAAAGCACAUUAUUACAAAGAAAAGAUGGGGGCUCCCUUGCUAUCUUAUCCUUUCACCCAGCAACCCAGACAAGAGUGCACCAUGUCAGUCCCCUUCCCCUUGGCGGGACUAUCUGGUACACGGAUAAAAUCGACGUACAGCUUAAAUGUAUUUACUGGUCCCCAAUUGCACUCCUUUUGGCUGCAUACAAUUAGGGAUUCAUUCUGAAAAGUUUAAUUUUCUUUUUUAAAACUGUGCUGUAUUUUCAUUUAGUUUUCUUCAGUUAUCUACCACAUUUUAGAUGUAAAGAUGACUGAAGGAUAAAAAAAGUACCAGUUUUACAACCCCCCACCUUUCGCUCAUAAUGGCUGUGAACCCGAGGUCUGAAUCACGUGCCUUGUUUUCUGCAUCCAUACACCACAGGGGAGAGCAGAAAAAGUCAUAAAAAGUCCACAAACUGUGAAAUGUGGAGAGGCCUACAAACCACAUUGUUCUUAAUGGGAGGCCUCUAACUAGAUCCAUGUGUGUGAAGCUCUACUCUUUUUCCUCCAUAUCUUCCCCUCUCAAUCUAUCUCACCCUCCUGCUCUCUGUAAACGAAGAGCAACAACAACAUUCUGCCUUUGUACUGGAACUCUUUCUGUCAUUUAUUUUGUAGAAAUUUCUGUCUGGGAAAGUGUGUAUUGAAGUGUAAAUUAAAUGGUAAAAAAAAAAA